CAUAAAAUUGAAGAAAUCAAACCCUGGUUCUAAAACAAAAUUCUCAAUUUUGGUAUAGAGCAUUUUUAAAAGUACCGUCAAUCCAGAGUCCUUAGAUUUACAAUCUAUGUUAAUUCCCCUUGUCCCAUAAAGAUGCUUAAAAGAAAUUUGAAAAGAAUUGGAAGGGUGGUUAUCAAGAAAAAAUAUUAAUGUUCAAUUAACGUCUUAUGAUGACUGACGCAGACAAAUAGCAACAUGUAUGUCACUUGAGUGAUUCUCAACAUUGACCUAAUUAGAAUUAAUCAUUUUUACAAAUGAUACUGAGCUCAUACUCAUGUGUACAUAUAUAUGUGCGUCAUUGGCAACAAAACAACUAGUCUUUUUGAGUAUGUUAAUUAAGUGAAGUAAUAAAUUUUUUUAGGAGGUUGUGAUGAAAACGUUUCAAGUCAUCAUGUCGCAUAAAAAAUGGAUGGUCUCAUGUGAUUAUUCUAGAGAAUUCAGUUUCCAUGCUGGCUCAUCGUCGGAAACCCACGGUUGAUUACGCUUCGUUCCUCUCUCCAUCACCCGUGGGUCCAUUCAUACCUAUUCGCUCGUUCUCAUGAAUAAUUCAUGAGGCAAUUGAUUGGGCGCUUUACGUAUACCCUGAGCGAAUUCGUCCAAUCAAAAAGACGCUUUCAGUCCAAUUUCGGUAUACAAUUCAAAAUGGCGAUUGCUGAACGGUUCGGAAUAAGCAAAUUAAAGGAUUUCCAAGAAGACACCAUAAACAAGUUGUUAGAAGGAAGAGAUGUAUAUUUGUCAAUGAAGACAGGGGGCGGGAAAAGCUUAUGUUAUCAAGCUUUCCCAUUGUUGUGGACUGAAAAACAUCGAAAUCCCAGCAAUGUUUUAGUGAUAACCCCUCUGAUUUCAAUAAUGAAAGAGCAGUGCGAGUCUUUGAUGUCACUUGGAUUUACUGCGACCUACAUCGGAAGAAACUCAGAAGAAGAUGAUCAAAUAACAGAUGAGAAGUUUCAGUUUUUAUUUACCUCUCCGGAAGCGAUUUUAUCCGUUACGAAAUGGCGUGAAAUGGUGACCAGGAGCCAGCACUUCAAAUUGAUUGUUGUAGACGAGGCCCAUACUGUUUUACGAUGGGGAGAAAGUGGUUGCAGAGGUGAUGAACCUUUCAGAGUGUGGUAUGGUAAAAUUGGAGAAAUACGAUCCCUGAUUCAAUGCCCUAUUUUACUGAUAACUGCAACUGCUAACAAGGCAGCUAGAUCUGACCUGAAGAGAAAGUUUGCCAUGAAUGAUUGCUUUGAAUUGAUUGACAAUCCUGAGAGAGACAAUAUUAAACUCUUUGUGAAAAAGGUCAAAAGUACAAUACCAAUAGCAGAUUUAUUCUUGUUUUUAGUAAGAUUAUUGAAGGAAAAAAAAGAGCUAUGUGAACGUUAUAUUAUUUUUUGUCCUUCUAUCAAGUUAUGUGGAGAUGUAUUUAGUGCAUUUAAGAUGGAAAAAACUCAGAACAUUGAUAUGUAUCAUUCAAAAACAAUUGAAACUGUAAAAGAAAAUAUUAAACAGGAUAUGCAGGAUGAAAAUGGUAAAAUAAGAGUAUUGAUUGCAACAAGUGCUGCAGGAAUGGGGGUUAAUUUUAAAGGUGUAAACAAUGUAAUUCACUUUGGUCCACCAAAGGAUAUGGAUUCUUUUGUACAGCAGUUAGGUAGAGCAGGACGAGAUGGUUCACAAACAGCAAUGGCCUUAUUACUUUAUAAUUCAAGACAAUGCAAAAAUUUAGAUGAUGAUAUGAAAAAGUACAUUGAUAACUCGGAUAAGUGCAGGAGACAAGUUAUGUUGUCUGCGUACAACUAUGAUCCAGCAGAAAACAGAGUGAAGCAUUUAUGUUGCGAUAUAUGUAAUGCUAGUUGCUCAUGCGGAAAAGACAAUUGUAAUGAUUAUGAACAUUCAUUCAUGGAUUAUGAGGAACUACAAGAAACAUCUUCUGAUAACUCUGAGAGUGAAAGUGAUACCGAUUCUUUCUAAUUGCUUGUAUUUAACCAUUUAAUAUUGUCUGAAAGACUACUAGUAAUGUUCAGUAUUUGUCAAGUUAUUGACGUGUAAAAAAAGAGCAUUAAAUUUUUGGCUGUUAUUUUUAUACUGUAGUUCAGAGUUGGACGAAAUUUCAAUAUUGACCUUUGAUAUCUGCCAAAUAUUUGUGAUAUGAAGAAUUUUCUAUCUCAGGUUAUUUGUAUAAUCAAAAUAUUAUAUAUGGAAAAUAUGUCCAUUUUAUUUAAACCCUUCUGAAAAAUUGUGGUAUAUUUCUGUCCCCUCUCAUUUUUUCUACAGAUUAUGCAGACAUGAAAGAUAAUUGUGUGAACAUGCAAGAAAAUUCUGUUCAUAUAAAUAAGUCAAAUGUUACGAUAAGUAUGUCACAAGAAUCAACAUAAUAAUCUUGCUUGUUGACAUAAGUAUAUUUCAAAUUACAUAUUAAUUUUUCAUGUUAAUUAAGUUGCAUACCAUGAUGUACAUGAGGUAAUAAAUUGCCAUUAGUGGUCA